AUGAAAUUGAAUUACUCUUGUUUAAUAGCCAUUUUAGGUUAUCUUAAUACCUUCGUCGAAUGUGCCGAUUAUAAUAAUUUUAAUAGUUUUAAUCUUAAAAAGGGAUAUGUUCAGUUUGACGUGAAUAAAAAGGCUAUAAUAGAUCCCCGCAUAGUUGAGACCAAGAACAAGAAAUCAAAUCCAUUUAUUAACUAUUUUAAGAGAUCAUUUAUUGUUGCAGAUAGUAAUAAUCAAAGCCAAAGCAUUAUUUCAUCAUUAAUAGCAUAUCCAUAUUUCUAUUCAAUUGAAUUGAAAGUGGGUGAACCAAUGCAAAAGAUCGAGGUGUUAUUAGAUACUGGAUCAUCUAGUCUCUGGAUUCAAGAAAAGUCUAAUCUCUAUUGCUUAGAAAAUGAAUAUAAUAAUAAUAAUAAUAAUAAUAAUAAAAUUCCUUAUAGCAAAAAAUUUAAAUGUUAUAAUAAAGGAUUUAAUGAAACAUAUUCAAAAACAUUGACCAAGUAUGAUAAAUCUGAUUAUUUAGUUAGUUAUGUGGACCAAUCAUUUGCAAAGGGGAAAUGGGUCACAGAAAAUAUUAAAAUUGGAAACAACGAUAAUGAAAUUGUUUUGAAAAACGUACCAAUGGGAAUGAUUUAUGAGACUAAUGCACAUGAAACUGGAGUAUUGGGGAUUGGUUAUUACCAUGAAAAUCUAAAAGAACCAAAUUUAAAUGGAAAUUUAAUUAGUGAAUUGAAAAGACAAAAAUAUAUUAACAAAAGAGUUUAUUCAUUAUAUUUAAAUGAAAAAUUUACCGAUGGAAAUGCUCAUUCUCUUAAUAGCUUUAAUAAUAAUGAAGAUAAUAAUGAAGAUAAUAAUGAAAAUAAUAAUGAAAAUAAUAGUGACAAAUAUCAUGAAAGAGGAUCUAUCAUAUUUGGUGGGAUUGAUCAUGAGAAAUAUGAAGGAAAAUUAAAGACAUUUAAAAUUAAAGAAAAUGAAUUAGCUAUUAGCAUUGACAAUAUAUAUAUCAAGAAUAAUGAUGAAACCAAAUCAAUAUUAGAUGAUAAAUCAAAUAUAAAGGCUUUGUUAGAUUCUGGAUCGACAGUUACCAUGUUUCCCAAAGACAUCACUCAAAGGAUUAUUGGAAGCAUUCAAGACAUUGAAUUUGACAAAGACAUUGAAGAGUUUGUUGUUAGAAAUACUGAAAAUAAUAAUACCAAUACUGUUUUUUAUAGCGAUUUGAUAUCCAAGUAUGAGAAUACCACUAUAAUAUUUGAGUUUUCUGGGGAAAAAUUUGAGUUUUCAAUAUUAGAAUUUAUGAAGAGGAUUAAUAAAAAACAUAUAACAACAGAAAAAACAAGUGAUGCCAAUACAAAUUCCAACAAUAGGAACAAUAAAGAGCACCGGAAUAGCACUCACAAUCGUAGUAUCAGUGAAGAUGGCCUCCAAGAUAUCAUUGGUAUUCUCCAUUUCGGUAAUAAAUACAAGAGCAAAACAAACCAAAUUACAAUUGGAGACGAUUUGUUGAGAUUGAUGUAUGUGGUAUAUGACUUAGACGACCGAGAAAUCUCGAUGGCGGUUGCCAGAAAAAGCUUCAAGAGCAACAUCGAGGUUAUUACAGAUAAGAUUCCCCGAGCAGAAAGAGCAUUGCACUACAGUAGUGUCCAUGAGAGCCCCAGCAUAGAGUCCAAUGGUGUCGUACUCAGAGCCCCCAUCUUCUUCAGUUUCCUCAGCAAGCUCUAUGCGAUGUUCAGGUCUGGACUUAUUCAUUACUGUACAUAA